AAGAAAACUUUUAACAAGGACUCGUCGAGUUUUGCAAUGUUCUUAUUUGUGCAAAAUUGAUGUUUAGAUAAAAAUAUAAUUUGUAAAUACCUAAUUGAAAGACUACAACUUAUAUAUAAGUGUCGAUUCAAAUUUUGUUAAAAAAAAUUUUUUUUUAUACGAGAGUGCUGUUUAUAUUGUUGAACCAUAAGUUUACUCUGCUUGACUUGAAGACACGAUGUUUAUAAAAGCUUUUAAAGUCAAAUCAAACAAUCAACUGAAAGGAACUGAGAGGAAAAAAUUGUGCGAUGAAGUGGCCCAAGCUUUUCCCUCAUUAAAACCUGAAGAAAUACAAAAUCUUCUUCCAAAAAAGGAAGUCGUUAGUGUAUUAAAGAUAAUAACUCAUGAUGGCCAAACUGGAAAAGUUUACUGCACUGCCAAAGUGCCCCUGUUUUUCCAAAUGUAUUCAUCUCCACGAUUAUUUCCUACAAUAUUUACGCUGUGGCAUCAUCCGGAUUUGCUUUAUACUUUUGUGACUCCACCUCCUGUGGUUUCUAAAUUGGCUAACGGUGCUCAUCUCAUGUUACCUGGCGUAAUCACAGCUGAAAGUCCACCCAAUUAUCAUUCCUAUGGAAAAUUGCAAAAAGGAACACCAGUAGCUGUGGUUACAGAUGACAACAAGGCUCCUGUAGCUGUUGGUAUCACAGCUCUUUCUAGUCAAGACAUGUACAUGGCAGCUGGUUUUGGAAAAUGUGUGGAAAUUCUACAUGUCAUGGGUGAUACCUUGUAUAAUAUGGAUAAACCACCAGUUAGGCCCAAAUUAGGACCACCAGUGUUUGAAAAGUAUCAACCUAAGACUUUUUCUCCUGAAGAAAACCAAAAUAAUGAACCACAAACUACUGACAAUGAAAUUCAAGAAAUAUCUGCCAACAUUGACAAUGUAAAUGUAACUGGGGAAAAAGAUAAUGAAAAUGAAAACGAAGAUGUAAAGGAUGAUACAGAAUCAGUACCACUUGAGGGAAGCAGUGAGGAUAUUAAAGAAGAAGUACUAGAUCCUGUACAAGAAAUGGAUAAGUUAUUGGAGUACUGUUUUUUGAAAGCUUGUAAAACCAGUUUGAAAAAAGGAGACCUGCCUAUGAUAACAUCAACGUUUUUUAAGAACCAUGUUAUUGGUGUAUGUCCACCAGGAAAAACUGUUGAUGUUAAGAAAUCUUCUUACAAAAAGCUAUCAGUCUUCUUAGCUAGUCUGAAAGAAAAAGGCCUUGUGAAUACCUCAGUUUUUAAAGGUGUUGAAAGUUUGCUUGCUGUAAAGUAUGAUCAUCCACUUCUUAAAAAUCUUGUAAUCAACGAAGAAGCAGUUGCUGUAGAAGAAGAGGUUUCAAAUGCUCCAGUUAUAGAUGAGUGUUUCAGAGUAACAGCUGCUGUAAUACCAGUCCUAUCAACAUUUGGAUAUAAACAAGGUGAUGUCCUGAAAAGAACAGAAAUAAGAAGGUGCUUUACUGAAUAUGUAAAGUCUAAAAAUCUUCAUAGUGGAAAAGUAGUGAAAAUCAAUUAUCAAAUUGCUGAUAUACUGUGCACAAAAGAAAAUCAAAUAGUUUUAACCAUGGAAGACGCCAUUAACAAAUUCAUUGGAAAAAUGACGCACACGCACGAAAUUACAGUUGCUGGAAAUAAAAUACUUCGAAGUGGAAAACUGGAGCCCAUUGAUAUUACAGUAGCAACCAGAUCAGGAAAUAAAAAGGUUACACUGAUCAACAAUUUGGAAACUUUUGGUAUAAAACUUGAAGAGUUCAGCAAAGAGUGUCAAGGUGUAGGUGCAAGCGCUACAAUUACCGAUAUACCGGGAAAGAAAAAACCAAGUGUGCUGGUUCAAGGAAACCAAGUGAUAUACGUGUAUAAACUCUUGACAGAAAAAUACCGCAUACACAAGAAUUACAUAAGAGGCUUGGAAUUCGCUCCAAAGAAAUGAAGUAUUAUAUGGAUUUUUCUUACGUUGUAUACUUUUAAAAAUCUGUACUUGUGUAAGUAUGAAAUAUGUAGUUCAUAUAAAUCUGUUACUUUAUACUUUACAAAUCAAAGGAAAUAUCAUUGCAAAUUGAAAAUGAAAAA